UUGACAACUUAAAUUAAUGAUGGCCUUUAGCAAGGAAAUCCAGACUCUUCUGUUUUUUGAUUUGGAAAGUACUAGUGUUCCAUCAUUUGAUUUUACUGGGCAACGCACAAGGAUAACAGAACUGUCAUUUGUUGCUAUCAGUGAGAAUCAUUUGAAGGAGCCAAAGUUUCAAAGUGGUGAACUGCCUCGUGUCAUUCACAAGCUAACACUUUGCUGCAAUCCCAGACGACUCAUUCUCCCAAAAGCCCAAGAAGUCUCAGGUCUGAGUAAUUAUACCCUGGAGCAUGAGGAAUUACCCAAUGAUAUCCUCUGUGCUGAUACUUGGGAAGCAGCUGUUGCCCUAUUUGAUGUUCAAAAUCCUCAAUGUUCUUCUGUGCCAUUUGGGAGAAUAGCUGGGGAUGACAAUUGUGUAUCCUCAACCUCAGAAUACAUUGCUCCUGCCACAACCAGCAGUUGCAGUCAGAGUCAACCUGAUAGCAACCACAAUGAAAAUGAUGUUAUUCCAUCAACACCUGAAAGGAAAACAAAACAAUCCUACUCAUUCUCCCCAAAGGCCCCCAAAUUUCAAGCCUCUCUCCUCGAAUCCUUGACUGCCAAGCAGUGCAUGACUGUUGGUUCUACCCAGAAUCAGGAUGAAGACACCAACAUGCUUCUGAGUCAGCAUGAAAUGCUCUUCAAAGAUCCUGAGGUUCUGUCCCAAGUUGAUGAGAUAGAACAGUCAGCUUCCAAGUGUAGGGUAGGCUCCUUUGGUGGCACCACAUUGGAUAUUGAUGAAGGACUCAAAAAGCAGCUAAAUUCCAUCCAUGGCUUGGAGUCACCUUCACUUGGUGAAGUUAUUCCCCGGCCUCAUUCUUUGGAUCAUGUGAAGAAACAGCUUAAUUUCUCUAGGACUGAUGAACAGGACCCAAAUGAUGCCAAUGUAUUUCCAGAUAGCCAGGAAGAUCUUCUGCUGACUCCCAAGAAGAAACUUCACGCCAAAGACAUACCUAGCCCAAAAACUCCAGUGAGAUCUUUUUGUGGUCUGUCAUCACCUGAUACACCCUCAAAGCAGAAGAGAGGCAGCUCAGCAACAGUAUCACCAGAGGUACCCAGUGUGAAACGAUAUGCCAGAGGGUUUGGGUUGGGUGAUUUGUAUGAACGUACCUUUGGGUGUAGGGACUUUGCUGCACACACUGCAGAAGGGGAUACAUUGGCUCUGCUUAAAGUUAUGCAGACCAAGGCAGGAGAUUUUGUAAAUUGGGUUCAAGAGAAUGCUGUAGCAAUGUCUGAAAUAAGAGCUUGGGAGUAG